AUUGAGAAGGUUCUUCAGCAGGGAGAGAUCGGGGAUUGUUCUGAACCAUACAUGGUACUGAAGGAGAGUGAUGCUCCUAAGAACAGAGAUAAGGUGGAGAAGCUGAAGAAUCAGGCGGAGGGGUUUUGUCAAAGGCUGGGCCGCUACAGGAUGCCAUUCGCCUUCGCCACGGUCAACAUCAUGAGUGCCAUCAGCUCCACACUGGAGCGAGACACAAGUGACACAGACAGUAUCAAUGGCAGGAGCAGCAUGGAAAAGAAGGGAUUGCCCAGACGUAACUCCGACAGAUUCAGUAUUAUGGAGGACAACUAUAUCCUGUCUGGCUUCAAACCAGCUUUUACCACGUGCACAUUCAUCAAGCAG